AUGCUCCCUCGUCUAGCAACACGCGUUUUUCCUCGCGCGUACGCGUCUUUGACCUCGGGGCUCCUCGCCGCUGCGCACGCGCGCCAGCAAGUCGCCACACGGACCUUUCUGACGACCGCAACCGUCGCGACACCAGCGACUAAGGCGACCAAAGCAACCAAGGCGACUAAGGCGACUAAGGCGACCAAGGCGACUAAGGCGACUAAGGCGUCCGAGACUUCCGAGGCAGAUGCCGCACCGAAGAAGAAGAGACGCUCUUCUGCUGAAGUAAAGGCUGACAAGAAAGCCAAGGACGCUGCGAAGGCGAAGGCUGCGAAAGCGAAAGCAAAGGCUGCCAGGAUUCUGGCCGACCCUCAGACGCGCUUCAAGGCCCCCCUGAAGUCGAUCUCCAUCAAGCGGAGCGAGAAGCCCCCCAAGCAUCCGACGAACGCGUACAACAUCUUCGUGAAGGAGAACUUUGCCAACACCCGUGCGGAGACGAAGUCCGAUGGAGAGGGUCCCUACGGCCCGGUCUUCAUUGGGGUCAGUAAACAGAUCUCAGAGCGCUGGAACAAUAUGAGUGCAGAAGAGAAGAAGCCGUAUUACGACCAGGCGCAGCAGCGCAAGGAUCAAUACGACGCUGAUAUCGCGGAGUGGUACAAGACCACCGACCCGCGCAUCGUCGCAGCUGUCCGUGCGCAGAAGAUGCGCAUGCCGCCGACCCCCGCGGAGCUCAAGCGUCCUCUGGCGCCGUACAUCAAGUUCCACACGGAGAAGAUAAGCUCGAUUGAGGUGCCCGCGGGUUUGCCCAAUUCCGAGGCGAUCGCCUACCGCGGCAAGCUCAUGGGCGAGCUCUGGCGAGCUCUGCCCGAAGAGGAGAAGAAGCGCCGCAAGGACGAGUUCACGAAAGAGUUGGAGGAAUAUCAUGAACGGGUGAAGAAGCUGCAGGAGGCCCCGACGGCCUAA